ACUACCAUACGACAGUUUGUGUGCCACUGGUGCGUCACCUCGGCUCCCGCAGCGUGAUUAUCAACUCAAGUCUAUAAACGAAGCAUGAAAAUAGUUAAACUGUGCAAGAAACAAGAUUUUGAGAGCCUUAGUGUUGUAAAUUUGCGUUGGAAUCUGAGUUAUAUACUAGGGUUAGACCAUGAUUGAACUCCCAGUCCAAGAGGCAAGUGGUCGUCGGACGGGCAGCUUACAGAGUGGCUCCAAUGGAACUAUAGCCAGUGAUUUACCAAGAGGGGUGGCACUUCUUGCUGACCUUACUACCAAUCUUAAAAAUGCUUCGGCCACCUUUGAUGCUCUGGCUGAGAAGAUCAACAAUGGAGACCUGAGCACAGCUAAGGGUUUAAGCUUAUUAGAGCUCAAGAACCAGUCCUUUCUCUCAUAUAUGGCCAAUCUCGUAUACUUGACCUUGCGGAAGUUAAAAGGUGCCAAGAUUGAAAAUGACUCGAGCAUUGAUCGACUUGUGGAAGCCAGAGUGGUUCUAGAACGUAUUCGUCCAUUGGAAGAUAAAUUGAAAUACCAGAUUGACAAGCAUGUGAAAACAGCUGCAGAAGGUGUGGUUAGUGCAGAUGAUCCGUCAAGACUUAAGGGAAAUCUUGAUAAUAUUGGAAUCUCUUCAGAUGAAGAUGAGGAAGAUGAAAUUACGAAAGUCAAGAAAACACAUGCUGAGUAUGAGCAUAAGGCUUACAAAAUCCCCAAAAUUAGCCAGACACAUUAUGAUGGUGAAGUAAAUAAAGAUGAAGCAAAGGACAAAGCCAGGCGCCGAGUUCUGAACUCAAGCAUGCUGCGCGAUGCACUCUCAGAACACACUGAGGACCCAGAAGUAGUGUACAACAAUGACAUCCUCAAACAGAAGGCUAUUCGAAAGCGCAGGGAACUUGAAGUCUUUGAGGAAGACAACAUGAUCAGGAAAGUGGUGAGCCGUCGUGACAAAGCAACCAUGCAGCAGGUGACAACAAUAGGCACAAUGGGGUCAGAGAUCUUGGGUUUCAACACUAUGGAUGCUCUACACCGUGAUUAUGAUCCUUCGGCUCCUGCAGCGAAAAGACAGAAGACUGGAAAAUCUUCUAAGGGCAAGGGCAAAGGGAAAGGCAAAUCUAAAGGCAAAAAAGGAUUCAAGAGGAGAAAACACUGAUUUUGAUGUAACAUUGUUUAUUAAGAAAUAUAAUUUCAUUUAUAUGAGAAACCU